GCUUUGCUGGAAAUAAUAUGUGGGGGAAAAAAUAAAACCUUUCACGUCAUUUCCUGUUAGCUUAGCAUGUAGAGAGAAUGAAAACGACCGCCGAUGAUUUGUAGCACAAAUAACAUCGUAUAGCAACUAAACAGAACGUAACCGCAUCAUAUAUUAUUGAUGUUAUUAUUGUGAAAGAAACACCGUGAUGGCGGCUUUGGUUUCAUGUUGUUUUGGAUGUUGUGGAGACAAUAACAGUGGCCACGUAACACUGAAGGAAAUGCCCACGGUUCAGCUGGACACUCAUCACAUGGGUACUGAUGUUGUCAUUGUGAAGAGUGGAAGACGCAUAUGUGGAACUGGUGGUUGCAUUGCAAAUGCCCCUCUCCAUCAAAACAAGAGCUACUUUGAGUUCAAGAUUCAGUCCACAGGUGUCUGGGGAGUAGGAGUGGCAACACAGAAAGCAAAUCUGAAUCAGAUCCCUAUGGGUAGAGACCCACACAGCCUUGUGCUCCGGCAAGAUGGCACCGUGUACCACAACAAUGAAGAGAAGAACCGGUUACCUGCAAACAGCUUACCGCAGGAAGGAGACAUUGUGGGUGUUGCAUAUGAUCACGUGGAGCUGAAUUUGUACCUAAAUGGGAAGAAUAUGAACUGUCCAGCAUCAGGCAUUAGAGGAACUGUUUAUCCUGUAGUUUAUGUUGACGAUAGUGCAAUAUUGGAUUGCCAGUUCAGUGACUUCUACCAUCCUCCUCCGCAAGGCUACCAAAAGAUCAUGUUUGAGCAGCAGAUCUUCUAAAGUUCAUGUUGUGCUGUAUAUACACUAAAGAAAAUUCAAUUUACGGCCAGGAAUUGAAGUGCUAUGGUGACGACUGAACUUUUGAUGAUUAUGCUGCUCAGCCUACUGAAAGGAGUUGAAAUUAAGUCAUCUGUGAUUUAGACUCGUGUAAACUGACACACAUCUGGCCAUUUCUACUCAGUUUAAAAAGUCAUCCUAUGUCUUUCUGUUAUAUCAUCUGUGCAUUAAUGAUUUAGGCACUGAUCUCAAAAGGUUCAUUCAGAACAUACAUCUUUAAUUUAAACUUCAUCAAACACUGCAUUUACUGAUGUACAGUAUUAGCAGGGUGCAGUUGUGAACAUUACAUUUUGUUUAAAGGCUGGUUUGAGGACAAAAACGGGUAAUAAUGUAGACACAUAUUACAGCUGACCAUCAUGACUUUAUACUUUAUGCAUUUCAAGAGAACAAAGUGAUGCUGACCUGAAAAGCUGAUACUGAUUCAAAAUACUGUCAAAGCUUUUUGAUUUCAUUGUUGUCUGUCUGAUGUAUGAGCUGCACCUGCACACACCUUAUUCAUCAUGAUGACUUGGAUUUAUACAAGCUCUACACAAAUAUAUAUUUAAAUUUCAUGGAGUUUAUAUUUGGUUGUAUUUUUUUGGUUGUAUAUACAUUAUGUCUUACUGCAGUUAAGUGUAACUAAUAUAUUAAACGUAAGCCAUACAAUAGAAUAAGUGUACAGGUUAUUUACCUUAAAUAUGUAAUAAUUUGACCUGAAAAACAUCUGACUGUUUGUGUUCUCUAAUUAUGAAAUAUUGCAAAUUAUCACAAAACUGUUUUUAAUAAAUCAAUGAGUAUUGAA